AAAAAAUAAUCAAUAAAUUAAAAUUUGUUUUUCAUUGUUUUUUUCUCCAAUUUAAAACUAAACAAUAAAAACUAUAUUUCGUAAAAAAAAUAGCUAUCAAAAUGGCUGAAAUUUCGGUUCCAAACAAUACAAAUGAUAAACUAACGAAUCUAAUAAAAGAAGCAGAAUCUUUGAAAACGAAAUUGGAAGAAGAACGCCAAAAAUUAAAUGAUAUGAAUCUCACAACUGUUGCUGAAAGGCUAGAAAUGAUAACGUACAUUAACAUUAAGCCAAGAAGAGUUUUAAAAGGUCAUCAAGCCAAAGUACUGUGCUCAGAUUGGUCACCAGAUAAACGUCAUAUUGUUUCAUCUUCUCAAGACGGCAAACUUAUAAUUUGGGAUGCAUUUACUUGCAAUAAAGAGCAUGCUAUAACAAUGCCAACAACAUGGGUAAUGUCAUGUGCUUAUGCUCCAUCAGGGAAUUUGGUUGCGUGCGGAGGCUUGGACAAUAAAGUAACAGUUUAUCCAAUAUUAAAUGAUGAGGAUAUGUCAACAAAAAAGCGAACUGUUGGAACACACACGAGCUAUAUGUCUUGUUGCAUAUUUCCGAAUUCUGAUCAGCAAAUAUUAACUGGUAGUGGUGAUUCUACAUGCGCUUUAUGGGAUGUAGAAUCGGGCCAACUUUUACAGAGUUUCCACGGUCAUACUGGGGAUGUUAUGUCUAUUGACUUAGCACCUAACGAGACUGGAAAUACUUUUGUUUCUGGGAGCUGUGACAAAAUGGCUUUUAUUUGGGAUAUGCGUUCUGGGCAAGUUGUUCAAUCAUUUGAAGGGCAUCAAUCUGAUGUGAAUAGUGUUAAAUUUCACCCUUCAGGUGAUGCUAUCGCUACAGGUUCUGACGAUAGUACUUGUCGUCUAUUUGAUAUGAGGGCAGACAAAGAAAUUGCUAUUUAUGCAAAAGAAAGUAUAAUAUUUGGUGUGAAUUCUGUAGAUUUUUCAGUCAGUGGUCGUCUAUUAUUCGCUGGUUACAACGAUUACACUGUUAAUAUAUGGGAUUCAUUAAAAUCACAAAGAGUUUGUCUAUUAUAUGGUCAUGAAAACAAAGUUUCUUGUGUUCAAGUUUCCCCAGAUGGAACAGCGUUAUCAACUGGUAGUUGGGAUUAUACAAUCAGAGUCUGGGCUUAAACUUACUAUAAUAAGCAUAAAAAGGAAUAAACAAAAUUACGCGCACAAAUACUUCAAAAAAAUAUUAAAUAUAAAUAAGUUACAAUCCGGUUUAUGGAAAAAAGGAUUAAAAGUUAUUAAAAAUUGGUAUAACUUUGAAACUGGAUAACAAGAUUGAUCUUUAUUUACAUACGAAAUCUAAUAGAAUUGAACUUAAAACUUAAUAAUUCCUAUAAGUAUAAAUUGAUGUCGUCUAGUCUUUUUUAAAUUUAUGUAUUAGUUUUAAGAUUUUUAUUUUGUGAUAUCUUUUUGUUGGUUUAGUGUAAAGUAAACUUAUAUGAUUGUAUAGUUAAAGUGAUAACAGAAAAUCAAGUACAUAUAUUAAAUGUUACUAAUUGCAUUUCUCAUAUGCA